AUACCCUUUUGAUAUCUCCAGCAUUCGCCGCAAGAGGAGGGAUUUUUGUAGAAAAAGGAUACGGGGUGCUACUAAGCGUUCAGCACGCUAAAAGAUUCUCAGAUAUGGCUUCAGCAGGCCGAAGAACGCACUACGAACCGCCAUGGGGUAACGCGAGUAUCAUUGGAGUAGCUGGUAGUUCUGGCUCGGGCAAAACAUCUUUGGCAAUGGCCAUUGUCUCCUCCUUGAACUUGCCUUGGGUAGUUAUCUUAUCUAUGGACUCGUUCUACAAACCUCUUACGCCAGAGCAAUCUGCAGCAGCAUUUCGCAACGAGUUCGAUUUUGAUUCUCCCGACGCUAUAGACUUCGACAUUCUCGUUGACCGCCUAAAAGACAUCAAGAAUGGCAAGGUUGCCGAGGUACCAAUCUACUCUUUCCAGAAGCACGCUCGCCUCCCCAAGACUACAACCAUCUACUCCCCGCACGUCAUAAUUCUGGAAGGCAUAUUCGCCUUACAUGACCCACGGAUAGUCGAUCUCUUGGACCUCAAAAUCUUUGCGGAAGCCGACGCUGAUCUGUGUCUCUCACGCCGCCUUGUGCGAGAUGUGAAAGAACGAGGCCGCGAUAUUGAAGGCUGUAUCAAGCAGUGGUUCUCCUUUGUCAAGCCCAACUAUUACAAAUAUGUUGCUCCCCAGCGAGAAAUUGCAGACCUCAUUAUUCCAAGAGGUAUUGAGAAUCGGGUUGCCAUUACUAUGGUGAGCAAUCAAGUUCGUCAGACGCUGCAUAGUAAGAGUGUUCAGCAUCAGUCAGAGCUCAGACGACUGGGCAAGAUUGCAGAAGACAGUCCGCUGAGUGAGAAUGCUAUCGUACUCAAGCAGACGAAUCAGGUCAGAGGAAUGCAUACAUUGCUGCUGAACCCUGAAACGUCGAGAGAGGACUUUGUAUUUUACUUCGAUCGCAUGGUUGCACUGCUUGUCGAGACAGCAGUGGACUUUUUACCAUUUGUAUCCUAUGAGGUUACAACACCCCAGAACACCACUUAUCAGGGAUUGAAGAAGAAUGCAGAAGUCAGUGCCGUGGUGGUGCUACGCGGCGGCAGUGCUUUCGAGACGGGUUUGCGGCGGACCAUUCCUGAUUGCAGGACCGGACGAGUACUAAUCCAGACAAACUACAGAACUGGAGAGCCAGAGCUCCAUUACCGGGCGUUACCCACCAACAUUGCUGAGCAUGGACUGGUCUUAAUCCUCGACCCUCAAUUCUCCACAGGCGCAGCCGCACUGAUGGCGGUCAGAGUGCUUGUCGACCACGGCGUACCAGAAGCCAGAAUAGUCUUCGUAACCUAUACUGCGGGGAAGGUUGGGCUGAACAGGGUCUUAAGUGUCUUUCCAGAUAUCAGAAUUGUGGUUGCAAGACUGGGUAGCGACGAGGAGGCGCGAUGGGUUGAGACAAAAUAUUUGGGCUGUUGAAGCGAGAGCACCAGACUACAAUAACGAGGUGUUUGAGAUUACGCAUUUUCUUUGCUUGUAAAUGAUUUCAUGCUGUGCUAGAACGUACAUAGCCAACAUGUCUUUGUCCGAACGCCGUGUCUAUCGCCAACGCCGAUAAAUGCAAGGUUAGCGUUGAAGCAACAACGCACCGCUAUGUACAAUGGGUAUCAUAGAAAGUACUCCGUCGUGACUUCUUUUCCUUGCUGCUGCUGCUGCUCAGCCCGGUGG